AGUUUCUCCCUCCUCCCCUCCUACCCAUCUCCCCUCCUCCCUCCUCCCUUUUUCUCUCUUAAACCAACACCCUGGUGCAGACCUAAACGUGCAGAAACCGGAAGACACUCACAGCCUUGUCUACCACCAUCUCUUUCCAACCUUGCCCUGGAGGAUUAAAGCACACUGCUGUGUGGAACAAAGCAACUAUGUCUGACAAACCUGACCUGACAGAGAUCACCUGCUUCGACAAGACCAAACUGAAGAAGACUGAGACGAUAGAAAAGAACCCCCUGCCAACCAAAGAGACCAUUGAACAGGAAAGGAAAGGGGACGCAACGCCUUGAUGUGACUUGGUGAAGAGGCCGUGAGGAG